AGCGCAAGAAAAGAGCUCAGAUGCUCAAAGCACCUGCAGUACGAAGGCUCAAAGUGUCUCAAAUCAACAAUUAACCGAAUCAAAGAUCUCAGAGAUAAUUAUAAUAUAUAUUCGGUAUAGGUUAAUCAUCAUAUCUAUUGCGAAGCGGCGCAAAGAAGAAUAUGAAAUCCUAGUUCCAAACGCAGCCUGACGUCUUUUCCAAUGGACAGUGUUUGAAAGAGACAGCUGAAGAUUGCGUUGAGUGAUAUCUGCGGUCGAGAAGAGGAGCAGCGGAGCUCAGCGAGUCCCUUACCGUGCGCGCGCGCGCGCACACACACACACACACAAGCACGCCCGCUCGCGCUCUUCUCCACACACACGCGCUCAAUCUCGCCACUGCGCGCACAGACGCUCAUCCACUUGACCGGUUUAUAGGCAUUGUUACAUUCCGUCUACUUCUAUAACCAACGCUUUGAAGCACAAUGGAAGAGAACAUGGAAGAGGGACAGACGCAGAAAGGUUGCUCUGAAUGCUGCCUCAAAUGUCUGAGUGGGAUCCCGUAUGCCUCUCUGAUCGCCACUAUCCUGCUGUAUGCCGGUGUUGCUCUCUUCUGUGGCUGUGGACAUGAGGCUCUUUCUGGCACCGUCACCAUCCUGCAGACCUACUUCGAAGUCGUCCGGUCGCCUGUUGAUGCCCUGGAUGUCUUUACCAUGAUUGACAUCUUCAAGUAUGUGAUCUAUGGAGUGGCAGCAGCUUUCUUUGUCUAUGGUAUUUUGCUAAUGGUGGAGGGAUUUUUCACCACUGGUGCCAUUCGGGACCUCUAUGGGGACUUCAAGAUCACCACCUGUGGGCGCUGUGUUAGUGCCUGGUUCAUCAUGCUUACUUAUAUCUUCAUGUUGGCCUGGCUGGGAGUCACAGCCUUCACCUCUCUGCCGGUCUUCAUGUACUUCAACAUCUGGAACACCUGUCAGAACAUGACUCUGCUGGAGGGCUCCCUCUCUCAGGUGGAGAGCGCCAACCUUUGCUUUGACCUGCGUCAGUACGGAAUCGUGUCCAUUGGUGAAGAGAGAAGACUGUGUGCCAAUAAUGAAAACUUCAAGAAGAUGUGUGAAUCUAAUGAGCUGGAUCUGACGUUCCACUUGUUUGUCUGCGCUCUUGCGGGGGCUGGAGCAGCCGUUAUCGCCAUGGUGCACUACCUGAUGGUGCUGUCGGCUAACUGGGCUUACGUGAAGGACGCCUGCCGGAUGCAGAAAUACGAGGACAUCAAGUCCAAGGAGGAGCAGGAGCUUCAUGAUAUCCACUCUACUCGCUCUAAAGAGCGACUGAACGCAUACACAUAAAGCACGCACUUACGUGCACACAUAUAAAUAUGUAUACACACACAUACAUACAUACACAAGCAUGCCCUUCCCCUUCCCUGAAAACAAAUAUAUAAACUAAACUUAAAUAAAAAGCUAAUUUCCAUGGUUUCCAGGGGUAAGGGAUAGGAUGGGACGGGGAGGUAAAUAACUGUAACACUUGCUAUGUACUAGUGUGACCCAGAAUGUUGGUCUAGGGACGUGGUUUGCGUCUCCAUGUCAACGUCUCUGACUACCCACUUUAAUUUCUCUAUCUGAUUUCAUUUCUCCUAUACCUCCCCUUUCUUUUGCUCCUGAUAAACACACCGAGUUGAGUGGCUUUUUUUGUACCACAUAGUUGUAGGUCUCAUCGGGUCUUAGUAGAAGGGUCGGGGUUUAGCCAAAGGGAUUACAGCAGCACACUUUUCACAUUUUUGUAUUACACGCUGAUGAUUUACAGUACGUUUUGCAAGCUCACCCUAACAAUAGUCAGUAUUUAGAUUUUCCUUUAGACUUUCUAUGAACCAAAAUGUGACCAAACUUGUAUCUUAUGAUUUACAGGUUCAAAAUCGCUCAAGCUGCCACAACUUAACAGCAGCAACAGCACAAACAAUGUACAGAUUCUUUGUUUUUGGACAAAUUCAGCUUUGGAGUGCCAGGGAUUUUAAAAAAGUACCUUAAAGUGACUUUUACUGCUAUACUGUAGCUUGGCCUAACUGUAUACGCUAGCUGUGCGCAGUAUUAAUGGAAAGUGUGACACUGGUGCUUAGUAAGCAUUUGACGGAGACUGAUUGGGAAAGAAGGAACGUUGGGAGAAUGUUUAAAAUCAGCUAGAUUGGUCAAGUAGGAAUUGCCUUGGGAGACUCUAUGAAAAUAUGAUUUCCUCUCAUUCAUCGCAAGCCAUACUCUCACAUGCAAAUAACAUUUUCAGGUGUUUUAUUGCUUAGUUUUAGCUUUAACUUUUUAAAUGCAAGAAAUCAAACAGUUCUUUAGUCAUUCCUCUGAUCUGUACUGUAUAUAUAUCUCUCUUUAAAUGUAUACACAUUUCAUGUCAAUUUCACAUCUCGGCAGUCAGUGUUACAGUAGGUGAUAUUCUUGAGCUCGUCGUUCAUAUCAGAGAAGUAUAAAUCUAAAUGGAAAAGUCGAUCGCAACGACUUUGCCAAACACUGUGGAAGGUUGAAUUAACGUGGUAUUUAUGUAACAUUCAAACGUGUUUUGAAUGAGGACUUGAUGGACGUGGUCGUACAAGCAUGUAUUACUCUAAGUCAGUGUUUUGGCUCGGUCUUGCAGACUUGAGUUGCCCUACUUUUGCAGUAAAGUACUUUUGUCAGUGUCUCGAAAAAGAAAAAAAUCUACAAAAACAAGCUAGUUUUGUGCACUUAUGGACCAUCGUGAGUUUUUUGGUGUAAGUGCAUUUGGAAUCAGCGCUGAGUCUCUUAAUAGUCAUGCAGCUUUUUUUAAAAACCACAAAAGAAACUUGUAUUAGGUAAAAAAACGUAAAUCUAGUUGUUAUUUGUGGCAUGGGUAUGCAUCUAAUGGUAAUAGUUUUAACUAACUGAAAAAAAGAAAAAAAAAUGAAUCCUUUAUUUUGAUUUUUACACUUCUGACUGUCUUGCUGGGGUCAACUAUAUCUAUUUUUUUCUAAAUGUGCAGUAUUUACAGUUGCUACGCUAACGAUAUUAAAGCUAAAUAUCUUAUUAGGUUGUAGUGUUUGAGUUCUGUCCUUUCUAGUUAGUGAUGAUUUUUCCGAACCAUGUCUUAAUCCUAUACUUGUUAUGAUGUUGCGUAUCCAGUAUUACCCCGACAUUGCUUUCAGCUUUAUCCACAUACUGUACUAGUUUUUUUUCUUUUCCUUUUUUGUACUUUCGCUGAGAAUGCUUUGUAGCAGGCAGUAAAAUUAACUGGUUUUGUACAUAAAUGUGCCAACAGCUUGACAGUGGCUUUUUUCUUUUCUUUUCAAUCUGUAGGAACAAACUUGCUUGCGUAAAUAAAGACACUUGUGUACUUGUUAAUAA